CUGAUCUGAAUCCGUGCAUAUUUUCGCCAAACAAUCCGAAACCAUGGCCGAUGAUGACAACUGGUCCAUGCAGUGCUGCGAGCUGGACGAUCUGAUCCCAUCGCCGGAAGAGCUGGAGAACGCGUACGUAGCGCUCGAGAAUGGCACCUACCCACUGGAACUGAACUGGAAAUGCCCCGGCCGGCGGCCACCGUCACCGGUUCCGAAAGAUGACGGACCCAAGACCACCGAAGUGGUCGAGAAGGAAACUCCCACCAAAAACAAGGAGUUUGACUUCAUGGACGAUGGUCCGCUGCCGCAGAUGCGCGUUCGAACGCAGAAUAGUGGCCCCAAAGGAUCGGCCAAGAAGAAAACCACCAACUUUGCCGGCGUGCUGGACCAGAUGAAGAAGCAUGGCCGGUUAACGCCACUCAAGGAGGGAGCAGCACCGGCAGCGGGAGGGAGCUCGGCUAGCUAAGGGCGAAAUAAAAAUAAUUUAUUAAAUAA